AGGCUACUCAAUCCAAUUGCACAGCUCUUCAAAUAGAUCCUAGAUCUGUCACCGGCACAGCCCCUUCAAUCAACUUCGGCAAUCACACCAGAUCACUCCAUCCAUCCACAAUGCGCAUCUUCAUCACAGGCUCCUCCGAUGGCCUCGGAUCUCUCGCCGCCAAAUCCCUAGUCAAGCGCGGACACAACGUCACUCUCCACGCGCGCAACUCCCAGCGCGCCGAAGACGCCAAAGCCGCCUGUCCCGGCGCCGACGGCGUCCUCAUUGCCGACCUCUCCUCAACCCAAGCCACAAAGUCCCUCGCCGACGACCUCAACUCCAAAGGCCCCUGGGACGCCAUCAUCCACAAUGCGGGCGUGAUGCGCAUUUCCUCGUCCUCAAGAGGUCCCGAGGGUCUCCCAACCCUCUUCGCGACAAACACCCUUGCGCCCUACAUGCUUACCUGCCUCGUGCAGCCGCCUCCCAAGAACCUUAUUUUCUUAUCGUCGUCGAUGCACAACAGCGGCGACGCGACGCUGAGAGAUAUCAAAGCCGCCAGCUACAGCGACAGCAAGAUGCACAACACGAUGCUGGCGUUCUGGUUCGCGCAGCAGCCCGCGUUCCAGAAGACGGUUGUAAGUUCGCUGGAUCCGGGGUGGGUGAAGACGAAGAUGGGCGGCGCGGGCGCGGGGGAUGAUAUUGGGGCUGCGGUGGAGGACUAUGUGAAGCUUGCUGAAGGGGCGUUGGGGGCGUCGGGGAAGCAUUGGUAUCAUUCGAGGGAGAGGUCGGUCCAUCGGGGGGCAGCGGACAAGGGGGCGCAGGAGAAGUUGGUCAAGGAGUUGACGGAGAUAUCUGGUGUGAGAUUGCUAGAGUAAUUGGUGUUGCUGGAGGGCUUGCAUCCAAACAUAAU